GUGCAUAGGCAGAGAUUUGCUAUAGGCUGGAAGGACGUAAACAUACAAGUGGAGGCUUGUGAUAGGCUAGGUGCAGAGGGUGACCUGGUGCUCGAUCCUACCCAUAAUUUCCGCCCCAAAAGCGCACGUAUAGUCGUAAACCCACCACCGGCUGGAACGGUCAGUCUACCCUUGAAACAAACCGCCGAGACACAGGCACAGACACAGCGAGCCAGAGUGAGACGUCACACGAGCAAAGAGGAUGAGUUUGAAGGCCGUAGGGUUGCUGUUUGUUUUGGUUCUUCCCGCAUUAGUUUUUUCAAAGAAAUCGGGCGAUGUUUUAGAGCUGCAGAUCGGCGUGAAGCAUAAACCAAAAUCUUGUGAGAUUCAAGCUCACAAAGGUGAUAGAGUCAAAGUACAUUAUCGGGGAAAACUCACUGAUGGAACUGUGUUUGAUUCAAGCUUUGAAAGGGGAGAUCCAAUUGAGUUUGAGCUUGGCAAUGGUCAAGUAAUUAAAGGAUGGGACCAAGGACUGUUGGGAAUGUGUAUUGGUGAGAAGCGGAAGUUAAAAAUACCAGCAAAACUUGGUUAUGGUGAACAGGGUUCUCCACCUACCAUCCCAGGUGGGGCGACGCUCAUUUUUGAUACCGAGCUUGUUGCAGUGAAUGGGAAGACAUCUAGUGGUGGGAAAACGAGUGAUUCUGAACUAUAGUCAGGGAACAGCUCCUGUCUAAAUUAUUCUCUCUUUCAUUGGCAUGGCAAGAAGUCAGUUCUGCAUUUUUGUUGCAAACCUUGAAAUCCAAGAGCUUAAGCACACCAAGAAUCUCCAAAUCAUGGACUAGAAUUUUCAUCUUUGGACCCAAGUAAUUAGGGGUUGGAAGCGAAUUAUAUCCAAAUUCUAUUUUUUCGAUUGAACUUUUUUUGACUCUGUUUUAUAGGGUUCGGUCCCAAGCUUUAUCCAGUUGGAACCUUUGAUGACUGCA